CCCCCCCAGCUCUUGGCCUCGGCCAGCUACGACGACACGGUGAAGCUGUACCGCGAGGAGGAGGACGACUGGGUGUGCUGCGCCACGCUGGAGGGCCACGAGUCCACCGUGUGGAGCGUGGCCUUCGACCGCGGCGGCGAACGCCUGGCGUCCUGCAGCGACGACAAGACGGUGCGCAUCUGGCAGCAGUACAAGCCGGGCAACGAGGAAGGGGUGGCGUGCAGCGGCACCGACCCCACCUGGAAGUGCGUCUGCAACCUGUCGGGCUACCACACCAGGACCAUCUACGACGUGGCGUGGUGCCACCUGAGCGGGGCUCUGGCCACGGCCUGCGGCGACGACGCCAUCCGCGUCUUCGAGGAGAGCGCCUCCUCCACGCCGCAGCAGCCCACCUUCAGCCUCGCCGCCCACGUGCCCCGCGCGCACUCGCAGGACGUCAACUGCGUGGCCUGGAACCCCAAGGAGCCCGGCCUGCUGGCCUCCUGCAGCGACGACGGCGACAUCGCCUUCUGGAAGUACCAGCGGCCCGAAGUCUGCUGAGGGCUUUCCCCAGAGCUUUCACGCCGCGGUGCCGGCC